AUGGCCUCCCCAGUUUCCAUAGAUUCUGCCAAACCCUUGUGUCAUGAAGCAGACAUGUCUGCACUGCUCCAAUUCAAGAGUAGCUUCAUUGUCACCGCUGAGGCAUCAAGGGGCCCUCUGGCGUACCCCAAGACUGAAUCUUGGGUGCUCGGGAACGUCAACAACGGCACAUCCUCGAACUGCUGUUUGUGGGAUGGCGUCCAGUGUGAGGAGAUAACUGGUUGUGUAAUAGCACUCGAUCUCAGCAGCAGCUUCCUCUAUGGUUCUAUAAACUCCACCAGUAGCCUCUUCCGUCUGGUUCACCUUCAGAGGAUCAACCUCGCCAAUAAUCACUUCAACUACUCUCGAAUCCCCACUGAGUUUGGGCUCUUUUCGGGCUCGACCCAUCUCAACCUCUCUUUCUCUGGCUUUUCGGGCCCAAUCCCACUCGAAAUAUCCAAACUAUCCAGGUUGGUCUCACUUGACUUGUGCUCUAAUGUGUAUCCCAACUCUACAGGAUUGCUCCAGCUCCAGGGCCAGGGUUUUACCUCCCUAGUUGAGAACUUGACCCUCCUCGAGGAUCUCUUUCUCGAAUACGUGAAUAUAUCAUCAUUGGUGCCCGAAAGAUUAGCGAACUUGUAUUCGUUGCGGACUCUGCGUUUGGCUCAGACUGGUCUUUACGGUGAAUUCCCAGCCGGUGUUUUUCAACUGCCCAAGUUGGAAAUAAUUGGCCUGUCCUUCAACAAUAUCACCGGGCACCUGCCCAAGUUCAACUCAACUAGUCCUCUUCGGAUUCUAGAUUUGGCCGUCACAAAAUUCUCUGGGGAGCUUCCAGUUUCACUUGGUGAUCUAAGCUCCUUGAUCUAUCUGAGGUUGAAUUCUUAUGGCUGCAAUUUUUCUGGGUCCAUACCGAAUUCCAUUGGAAACCUUCAGUCAUUGAAAUAUCUAGAUAUAGCCGGCUGCCAGUUCUCUGGCUCGAUCCCGUCUUCAUUUAGUAACCUCUCCGAGCUCAUGUACUUAGAUGUCGAGAUGAACUCAUUCAGAGCUCAGACACUCGAUUCCUUGUCCUGGCUUUGGAAAUUGACCAAACUCACCACCUUGGGCCUUCCGUUAAUAAAUUUACAAGGUGAAAUCCCAUCUUCCAUCGGAAACUUGUCACAACUAGUUACCUUGAGUUUGAUUGGAAAUGAGCUUAAGGGUCAAAUCCCACCUCAGCUGAUGAACCUCACCCAGCUUUCUAAGCUAUUCCUCAGGACCAAUCAGCUGUCAGGCCACAUCCCAAAUGGGUUAAUGAACAUGACUCAGUUGACAGUUCUUGACCUCUGUACUAACAAAUUAGAAGGUCCCAUACCGGCUACAAUCUCUCAGCUGCAAAACCUUCAAGUCCUUCGGCUUAUCGGGAACAAUCUGAUCGGAACUCUAGAUUUUGAUACCUUUCUUCCGCUCAAAAACCUGGUUGUCAUACAGUUGUCAAUGAAUAAACUCUCACUCAUCACAAGGGAUGGUACAAAUUCCAGGCUGCCUCAACUCCAAGCCCUUGGAUUGGCUGGGUGCAAUCUGACCGAGUUUCCGAGCUUCCUGAAAAAUCAGGAGGUGAUGGAUUGGUUAGACCUAUCCAACAACAAGAUAAGCGGAGAAAUACCGAAUUGGGUAUGGAACAUGAGCGUGAAUAAUCUGGAGUUCAUGAACCUCUCUUACAAUUUUCUCACAGGAUUUGACAGGAGGCCGGCUGUUCUUCCCUGGAAAUAUCUGGUCACUCUAGACCUCACGUCGAAUUUGUUGGAAGGACAUGUCCCCAUUCCACAACCAUGGAUUAGAUCUUAUCUUGUCUCCAAUAACAAGCUGACUGGGAACUUUUCUGCAUCGAUCUGCAAUUUGAGUUCUUUGGUCAUUCUCGACCUGUCCUUCAACUUCCUUGGUGGUGAGCUUCCUCAAUGUUUGGGAAAUAUCAGUAAUUCUCUCUUGUUGCUGAAUUUGCAAAGCAACAGGUUUCAUGGAACUGUCCCUCAGUUCCAUGCGAUUGGGAUGCAGCUAAGGAUGAUCAGUCUCGCUGAGAAUCAUUUCCAAGGGAAGUUACCGAGAUCUCUCACCAAUUGUCCAGAUCUGCAGUUCAUUAACUUCGGAAUCAAUCAGUUCAAUGACACGUUCCCAUCUUGGUUGGAAUCUCUCCCAGAGUUGCGGGUCCUCAUUCUGCGGGCAAAUCAAUUUCAUGGUUCCAUUGGAAAGCCUAGUUCUAAUCCUGCUUUCCAGAAGCUCCGUAUAAUUGACCUCUCUCACAAUUCAUUUUCUGGUGAGCUGCCUCGUGACUACUUUCGGAGUUGGAAAGAGAUGAAAGUUGUCAACACAACCCUGGGCAAGUUAUCUUAUAUGAACCAAAGUUUACAGGUUGCUAACUAUCUUGAAUACACCUACUUUGGAAAUUACGAGUAUUCCAUGACUAUUAUCACUAAGAGUCUUGAGUUAUACUACCCAAAGAUAUCCGAAGAUAUCAAAGCUAUGGAUUUUUCUUGGAACAUGUUUGAGGGAGAGAUUCCAGACACUAUUGGAGAGCUAAAGGAGCUUCAUUUGCUAAACCUUUCAAGCAAUUUCCUGACGGGUCAAAUUCCAACAUCUCUGGGAAACCUCGGGGCACUCGAAUCACUCGAUCUAUCUCAGAACAGGCUCUCCGGGGAGAUUCCUCAGGAACUACUCAGGCUCAACUUUCUCGCGGUCUUGGACGUGUCCUACAACAAUCUCACAGGCCCAAUACCCAGGGGACAACAGUUCAAUACAUUCCCAAAGAGCGCUUACGAAGGAAAUGAGGGGCUGUGCGGAGAUGUUAUAUCAAGAAGAUGUGGAGGUUUAGAUACGGAGCCAGCGGGGAAAACUGGGACCUCGGGAAAGGAGCAGGGCUCGGACUCAUGGUACGAGCUUGACUGGAAAAUAGUUGUGAUUGGUUAUGGAGGUGGAUUAGUCGUAGGGGUGCUUAUUGGGAGUGUUUUUAUCUCAGAUGAACAUGGUUGGUUCGCAGCAGUCAUUGUGAGGGUGCAGGAGCAUAGGAGAAGAAGGCGGAAAAGUAGAAAGAGACGCCUCAACCGCAGGAACUGA